AUUCAUUUUGCCUUGGUUAUUGCCGCUUACGCUGCAAGACGUAAAGCUAAAGAAAAUGAUGCACACGAAGUUUCAGAAACAAAUGUUUCUUCAUCGCAUGACACUUCAUCACACGGGAUUACUGAGAAAAAUUGA